AUGCAUCAGACGUCGUCGAAGCUGCUCCGCAUGACGGGCGAUGACCGGCCAUACACAAGAGAUUUCAAAGAUCUCUUCGCUACCCUCAUGGUCAGCCUACCGCUCAGCCCGCAUCGCGUUCGCUUCACCAAGAUCGAGCAUACCUUCACCACCGAAGAGGCAUUGACCAACCUUGGCUCGCUCAAAUUCUCCCAGUCGAACCGCAUGCCUGAUCCCAAAGACCCAUCCCGGAUAGUGACGACGACCACCACCACCACUUUCUCCAUGGCCAAGGAAAUGGCACGGUCCAUCUGCCAACGCUUCCUCGACGCCCGCUUGGUAGAAUCCGUAGAGGGCAAGAUCGACUUCACGUCUAGGAGCUCCGUCUGGCAACUCACUCCCAAAGGCAUGCACGUUCUGGCUCGAUUCUGUCAACGAAACGGCAUCUACCAACGUCACGUCAACGAUGUCCUCGACUCGCCCCGCAACAUGAUGCAAUUGGUCAUCCUGGAACGCGAGCCGCAAAGCGACAAGAUUAACGACGACCCCGCGACCGUCAAUGUCAUUUUCCGGCGAUUCGUAGGCGACACCGGCCCGAACUUGCGAACUAACUCUUCCGUCUCCGAGCACGAUUCGAUCAACGAAUACGCCACGGGAUUAGUAGGCGUGCGCAUGCAACGAUUACGGCGGCAGGAAGGAGUGAUUCCCUACGCAUUCACCGGCAAGGCAGGCUUCGACUGGUUGAUGGACUGUUGCUCAUUGGUCGACAAGCGGGAGGUGUUUGAGCUGGCGAACUUGUUCCUGACAUACAGCCUUGUCGAGAUGAUCGGCGACGAGAAGCACCCGGCGUCGGCAAACGCAAAGUACUCGGCGUCCAAGAACGUCUUGUACUCAGUGACACCCAAAGGCAUGCGUGUGGCCGGCUGGAUCACCAGUCCCAAUGGCUCGGUCAACGGCGAGGCGACGACUCAGCAGCGCGCCCCUAACGGCGUGACGCGCGACUCCAACACCAGCCGCAUGACCGUCAUCAUCCGCGACCCGGCGCUGCGCCUGCUCUUCCGCGAGUACCUGCGCGAAACGCACUGCGAAGAGAAUCUCGCCUUUUACGUGGAGGUGAAGGCGUUCCUGUCGGACUACGAGCACGCCAAGAGCAACGCCACGCCUCCGCAGCUCGAUGUGAUCCGCGAGACGCUGGCUUCCGCUUACAGCCUCUACAACGCCUUCUUGGCCCCGGGUUCGCCGUGCGAACUCAACAUCGACCACAACCUUCGCAAUGCCUUGGCUGCGCGCAUGACGCGGGCGAUUGGUGAUGAUGAGCAGAUGAUUCAGAGUUUGGACGAGGUGGCGACGCUCUUCGAUCAGGCGCAGAGCAGUGUGUUCAAGCUGAUGGCUAGUGACUCGGUACCCAAGUUCUCCCGAGAGCCCAAGUACGCCGCCAUUCUGCGCGAACGCAAUCUGGAACACGCACUCGCCGCUGGCAGCAGCAGCAGCAGCUCCGCUUGA